UCUCCGGCUGUGGGUUCCCGGCGAGCGGCCGGGGCGGGCGGUGCGCGCAGGCCGCCAGAAUGGCCCUGGCUGCCUACUGCGCCGUCUGCUGCCGAAGCGUCGCCAGCUCCGCCGCCUCGCCCCGCAUUCCCACGCGCUGGACAGAGAUCCGAAAUCUGAUCAAGUUUACUGGAUCACUUAUCUUAGGAGGCUCUUUGUUUCUCACCUAUGAAGUUCUGGCCUUGAAGAAAUCGUUGACGUUAGACACGCAGGUGGUAGAGCGAGAAAAGAUGAAAUCUUACAUAUAUCUGCACAGAGUCUCUUUAGAUAAAAGAGAGAACCUUGGGUUUGCCUACCAGGCCAGAAAAGAACUUCACAAAGCAGUGAGAAAAGUUUUGGCAGUAUCAGCCAAGAUCUUCCGGAACCCGUUUGCUGAACCGUUUAGCACAGUGGAUGUGGAAGACCACGAGUGUGCCGUGUGGCUGCUGCUGCGGAAGAGCAGGCUGGACGACAAGGCUGCGCGCCUGGAGGCCGUGCAGGAGCUGUCCAAGGCCCACCACUGGCAAGAUUACCAGUACAGGAUCGUGGCUCAAGCCUGCGAUGCCAGGACGCUUAUCGGUUUGGCACGAAGCAAAGAGACUGAUCUUCGCUUUUUUCUCCCACCACCUCCUUUGCCAUCUCUAAAGGAAGAUUCUUCGCUCGAAGAGGAGCUCAGGCAGCUGCUGGCCUCUCUGCCUCAGACGGAGCUGGAUGAGUGCAUCCGGUACUUCACCACCUCAGCUCUGAGCGAGAGCAGCCAGAGUCUGGCAGCUCAGAAGGGCGGCCUUUGGUGCUUCGGCGGGAACGGCCUUCCUUACGCCGAGAGUUUUGGUGAAGUUCCCUCUGCCACAGUGGAGAUGUUCUGCUUGGAAGCCAUGGUGAAGCAUUCCGAGAUCGCUACGCACUGCGAUAAAAUCGAAGCCAAUGGUGGCUUGCAGCUGCUGCAGAGGCUGUACCGGCUUCACAAGGACUGCCCGAAGGUGCAGAGGAACAUCCUGCGGAUCAUCGGGAACAUGGCCCUGAACGAGCACCUGCACCCCACCAUUGUGCGUUCAGGCUGGGUCUCCCUCAUGGCGGAAGCACUGAAGUCUUGCCACAUAAUGGAGGCCUCUCAUGCUGCCAGAACCCUGGCCAAUCUGGACCGGGAGACCGUGCAGGAGAAGUACCAGGACGGCGUGUACGUGCUGCACCCCCAGUGUCGCACCAGUCAGCCCAUUAAAGCCGAUGUCCUUUUUAUUCAUGGCCUUAUGGGAGCAGCAUUCAAAACCUGGCGCCAGCAGGACAGCGAACAGGCUGUAAUUGGAAAGGCUGUGGAGGAUGAAGACAGGUAUACAACGUGCUGGCCCAAGACAUGGCUAGCAAGAGACUGUCCAGCUCUGCGCAUCAUAUCGGUGGAGUACGACACCAGCCUCAGUGACUGGCGGGCCCGGUGCCCUAUGGAAAGGAAGUCCAUCGCGUUCAGAAGCAAUGAGCUCCUUCGGAAGCUUAGGGCUGCUGGCGUUGGGGACCGGCCGAUGAUCUGGGUGUCACACAGCAUGGGAGGUCUUCUGGUCAAGAAGAUGCUGGUGGAGGCGGCCAAGAAGCCGGAGAUGAGCACGGUCAUCAACAACACGAGGGGCAUGAUCUUCUACAGCGUCCCCCACCACGGCUCCCACCUGGCCGAGUACUCGGUGAACAUCCGCUACCUGCUCUUCCCCUCGCUCGAGGUCAAGGAGCUUAGCAAGGAUUCACCUGCACUUAAAACACUACAGGAUGACUUCCUGGAGUUCGCUAAAGACAAAAACUUCCAGGUGCUGAAUUUUGUGGAAACACUGCCGACCUACAUUGGCAGCAUGAUCAAGCUCCACGUGGUGCCCGUGGAGUCAGCAGAUUUAGGCAUCGGCGACUUGAUCCCCGUGGACGUGAACCAUCUAAACAUCUGCAAGCCCAAGAAGAAGGACGCAUUCUUAUACCAACGCACUCUACAGUUCAUCCGGGAAACUUUAGCCAAAGACCUGGAAAACUAAGAGCUGUCACCUGCCUUUUUAAACAUGUGAAUACAGUGCCAGGGACCUGCUCUUGU